AUGAUCAGGAAAGUGAGGGCCAGGUUUGCCAACGGGGUUUUGACACCCCUGGAGCCGCUGGAUCUCGAGGAGGGCGCGGAGGUGGUGAUUCUGAGCCUCGAUGCGACUGCCACCUCGGAACAAAAGCAUGAGUCAGAAAAAACCAAGUUCCGUGUCAUCCCAAACCACAGCGGUUUCCUGCCAGGCAUGGACGACCCCAAAAAAAUGAAGCAACUGUUGGAAGAAGAGGACAUUGAACAUUUCCUGAGGGUCCAGGAGUUUGGUAGAGGAACAUGA